CGAUUCAGGAAGUGGGUCGGUUCUGUUUACAUCCAGAACUGAAAUGUGAUCACAACUUGCAAUUCCUUUUUUCCCACAACAUAUUGCUCAUGUCAACUUUUGCAUUGACGUUGUAUUUAGACAGCUUACAGAUCGAUGGGAAACACAGAAAGCGCUGUGGUGCAGAAACGGCUGGUCCGUUUUCGUCCUGAUGAGCGACCCGUUAUUGAGGGGGUGUUUGACAGACUCCAGAGCACCAGCAGCUCCUCUGUGCCUCCUGGCAAGGCGAAGGUUUUACACAUAGACACGCUCAAGAUUACAAUGAGUCAAAUGGCUUCAGACUCGAUGAUUUUGCGAGUCUUUGAGGGUAUCUGCAGUGUUGACCCUGAAGUGCCGGUGCCCCCUGGUGGUGGGGUAAGUCGAGAGCAGCUGGUGAUCUUCCUGGCAGAUGCUCUUCGGGGCACAGCCGAGGAGAGAGCACCACUAGUCAUGGCGAUGGCUCACGGGAACAAAGCAGCGGUCACGACGGAUCAGAUAAGAGAAUUUUUAGAGGACUUGAUUUCAGCUGUAGUUCAGACACUGACCCACAGGGGACACUUGCGGGGCUGGAGACCAGAUCGCAUGGGUUAUGGUGCUCAGGGUGUGAAGCUUUUGGCUGAGCAGUUGAGCUCAGAGUUAAAACCCUCAGAUAAGAACAUGUGUGAUGUUGCUUGUCUCGAGGACUGGCUAUUUCGAGUCUCAGGUGUGUCCACAUUCCUGGAGCUCCUGAUUGGUGAGGGUCUUGGUGUUGGAUUGACCUCACGUCCAUCUUCCACUCUGCUGCCCCUGUGCCGAGACGCUCCCUGGUCCGAGCUGCGCUGUUUACUGGAUAUACCACUUCUGAUGUUCCUGACAUCUCAGCUGCCUGCAGGACACUCCGCCCCCUGGAGGUUGUUGUUUUCCACCAAUGUACACGGUGAAAGCUUUACCCGCCUGGUUGGAAAUUGUAAAAACCGGGGCUCCACUGUGUUACUAGUGAGAGACACUAAGGGCCACAUAUUUGGUGGCUAUUCGUCUCGCAGUUGGGAGAUCAAACCUCAGUUUCAGGGUGAUUCCAGGUGCUUCCUGUUUUCUGUGUCGCCGUAUAUGAGAGUGUUCACAUCUACCGGCUAUAACCAGCACUACAUGUACCUGAACCAGGGCCAGCAAACCAUGCCCAAUGGUCUGGGUAUGGGUGGACAGCAUGCAUACUUCGGUUUGUGGCUGGACAGCGAUUUUGGGCGCGGUCACAGUCGGGCUCGUCCACGCUGUACCACAUAUGGUAGUCCUCAGCUCUCGGGGGAUGAAGACUUCACAGUGGACACAGUAGAGGUGUGGGAAGUCGGUGUGUCCCCUGAGGAACAGGAAGAGGAUGAGAAUAAGAAGAGUGUUCUGGAUGCCGAUCCUGAGAUACAAGCUAUAAUGGAGAUGACAGGGAAAACCCUGCACAGCCAAGGCCUCCGAGAACCAGAAGAAGACGAUGGAUGAGGAAGAAUGAAUAGAUGGAUUUAUGCAACACUUAAAAAAAUACUUGUGAUGCUUUUAGAUGGACAGGUAGGGGCAACAGAAAAUAUGUGGUCUUUAGACUUUUACUAUAACUGAAGUGAUGUGGAAAGUGUGUACUCUGUAUAACAAAUAAUAGUGAAUAGUCAGGAUGUACAAUUUGUAGCAUACACUUAAAAGCUGUUAAAGCUGCUGUGUUUAUUUGCAGAUGAAUGGAGCUGAUUUCCAUCUAAAUGGCAAAUAGGGAGUUAUUUGUUAAUGAUUGUUGAUGUUUUGUUAAAUCCACCAGGAACAACUUAUUAUUUUUAUUAAUAAUGUGCAAUCUUCAGUUGGGUCCAAAAUUUAUUUUGCAAUGGAAUUCAAAGUUUCAUCAAUAAGUCUAUUCUGCUCCCACUUUGGUUAAUUGUUUCAUCCAUUACCCACAAUGCCACAAUUUGAAUCUUCUGUUUGCUGUCACCACUACUUCUCAGUUUAGUUUUUUUUUGGAGUUAUAACAGUGAACUGACUGCUACCUGACAUCUAUCCCUUAUGCUUGUAGAUUUUUUUUCCUAUUAAAUGCCAAUGUUCUGCUUCCUUUCAAAGAACCACACUUGCUUGUAUUUUUAAUUUAGUCUUGAGGAAGAGAUCUUUUUGGGACUUUUGGGGCUGAUAUUGUCAGUCUUGUCCCUGUACCUGAGCAGUUUCACAGUGACCUAUGAAUCAUUCAUACAUAAAAACAACAAAGCAUGAACCAGUGAGAAAUAUGUGCAGAUCAUAACCAAUGAUCAGGCCUGUGAUUAGUAUACUGCUGAUGCUGAAUGCUGAAAGGUUGGAACGGAAGAGAGGAAAAAUGAAGUUGCUGCUGCAGCUGUUACAUAAACAACCAAUUUUUAAAUUGUAUCUUUCGGCAUUUUGCAGGGUGUUGCAG